CAGGGUUCCAGGCAGUGCUGCCCUGUAGAGCCACCAUGUUGGGACGCCAGAAUGUCCAACCCACAAUGCGGGCCGCAGCACCUCAGGGACAGCCAGGCUGGCCACCAGCUAGACAAUCUGGCCAGAGAUUUCCAGUCACAUGGGCAGAUGCAGGAGGACCUGUUAUGGUGAUGGAGCGGCAGCGGAGGCCGGUGAGUUAGUAGGCGUGUGAGGGAGAGCAAGCAUCCGGCUUCCCCACUCAACAGCUGAUUGGAGGCCAGGGCGACAACAUGGGCGUGGACACCUGCAUAAAGUACUCCAUAUUCGUCUUCAACGUCGUAUUUUUGAUAAGUGGAUGUGUUAUUCUGGGAAUGUCUAUAUGGAUGCGUGUCAGCAAACCUGCACAAGUGGAAUUCAACAUAGACAGAAGCCUGUUUGCUGUCAUUGAGCUCCUUAUUGCUGUGGGUUGUAUUAUAAUGGUGCUUGGUUUCCUGGGUUGCUGUGGUGCCGUUCAGGAAAGCGAGUGCAUGCUCCUCCUGUUUUUCAUUGGACUCCUAGCAAUCCUGCUUCUCCAGAUUGUAGCAGGCAUUUUGGGAGCGCUCUUUAAACCUCAGAUUGAAGAAACACUGGACAAAACCUUUGCUGAAAAUGCUGCAAAGUUAUCAGGUUCUGCACAAAUGGAUCGAGAGUUUCAGGCCAUUUUUCGCAAAUUUGAGAUUAAUCACAAAUGUUGUGGUUUAGUGAAAGGGCAAGCUGACUGGGGACCAAAUGAAGGUUGUACUUGUGCCCCGGAAGACCAAGACACAUCUUUCUGUGAAAAGUCUAUAUAUGUACAGUUUUGUAGAGAUAUCCUAGUUAAAUUCUUCAAGGAGAAUAUGGUAAUAGUUAUGGGGCUAGCAUUCGGACUAGCAUUCCUUGAGGCUCUUGGUAUGGUGUUUUCAAUGAUCCUUUACUGCCAAAUCCAGAGAAGAUUUUGAAAGAUUGUGAAAGUGUCAGAAAUAUGUCAUCAGCCAAAGGAGAAACCUUUGUAGAAUGGGAGAUUGAUGUUUGGUUUGGCAUCCUAAAACAAAUGCCAGAAGCAGCUGGUAUGAGAACAGCUGAAGCACCAAUGGAUAAAGAUUCUUCAUGACUUAUGAAAUAAAAAUGUGUUUAAAAUUA